AUGGUUAAGAAAGGGAAAGAGGAGGCCAAAGGGAGGAAGGCGAAGGCGGUCAGCGACUCCGAUGAGGUGUCAGAGGAUGCCGAGGUGAGCAAGAGCAAUGCCGAGGAGAGUGAGUUGGGCAGUGAACUGGUGGAAGAAGAGCCACUGGAGGAGAGCGAGGAAGACCCAAAGAAGAAAGGGAAGGACAAGAAAGGGGCAGCCAGAGGGGCAGCAGCAAAGAAGGCGGCGGCAGCCAAAGGGGGCAAGAAAGGGACGUCGGAAGAGGAGGAGGCUGAAGAUGCUUCGGGCAAGAAGAAGAGGCAGAUCAAAGGGGCCUCCAAGCUGGUCAUGGGCCUGGCCACCGAAGAUGCCAAGAAGAAGAAAGGGGCCAAGAAGGACAAUGCCAAAGCCCCGGUGAAAGGGGCCGCCAAGGCCUCGGCCAAGAAGGGGGCGGAAGCUUUGCCGAAGAAGAAGCGGAGCCUGAAGAGCACUUCCAAGAUCUUCAUGGGUUUCAAAACGGCAGGACGCAAGAAGACGCCCAAGAAGUCCCAGUUCAAGAACACCUCCCGGUUCUUCUGGGGCCUGAAGAAACACAGCACCAAGAGGAAGACGACCAAGAAGAAGAACAAGGGGGUGCUCAAGUCCACCUCCAACCUCAUGAUGCGCUUCAAGGAACUGGGGAGGAGGAAGAAGAAAAAGACAGCGGUGCCCAGCACCGGAGAGACCAAGAAGUCAUCCUUCCUGCUGAUACGUCUGGGGGGCAGGAAAGCAGAAGACCAACAGGGCAAAAGGAGCAAGGCCAACCAGAAAUUCAAGUCCCGGGCCCAGAUCGUCAGCAGAGUCGUGGCCGCCACCAACUGGCUGACCCAGAGGUUCCUCUCCAAACAUCGCCAUUGCCCAAGGGCAACCGACGAAUCCUGGCUGUCUAGGAUCGGGGCCAAGAAGCUUCCCUUCCCUUCGGGGGACGAGGUCCUGAGGCACCGAGCAAAUAUGAGAAAGGUUCCUGGAAGCGACGCUCUCUACAGCCAAAAUCAGGAGAUAUAUGGCUAUUGGGAAAAAUUGGAUUCGGCCGCACGGCUCAAUUGCUACAAUGACUACCAAGAGGCGGGCAAUUACGGCCCAGAGACCCCUUCCCGGUUUGGCUAUCCUGAGAAAGAUGGACGUUGUAGCAGCAGGAGUCUUCUGGGUGAUGAGGAAUAUGGGCCGGUUGAGGAACCAGUGGACUACUAUGACCAAGACCGGUAUGACUAUCACAACUACGAAAAUCAAGAAUGUGACCCUUCUGGCAGUUAUUCACCUUACGAACCCUAUGAUGGCUCCGGAAACGAUUACGAAGUGACCAGAGGAGCGCAUGGGCCCAGUUACGAAGAGACAGGCCAAAUGGGGUAUCCCAAUGAAGAUGUUUACUCUCAGCAUGAAGUCAGUUACAGUGAGGGCGAGUGGCCGGCUGAGACCCAAACUUCCUACAACCCUUAUGCCUACUCCUUGGAUGACAUUGCGGAGACGGACGAGACAGAAGGCGCGGAUGGAAGCCCAGGCACCUACUCCUUCCCUUCUUCUCCUCAUUUUUCCUUUGAACAGCAAGACUGGGGAGAGGCUUUGACUUCUCAGCUGCCUUUGAACAGGCAUUUUCGGCUUUUUCCAAGGCCCCAAGUGAAACUGUUUGGCAGAGACAAACUCGACGUCACUCUGCCUCCUUCCCCGCAUCUUCCCUUUGGCUCUUGGGAUCCCGAGGAAGAGGAAGAAGAGGAGGCAGUAGAGGAUGAAUCUGAGCCUUUAAUUUCCCCCUUUGCCCAGUUUGACAACCAGAACCUGGACCCUCCUAGGUCACCGGGGACCUUCUCGAAACUCCUGCCUGGCUGUUUUGUCAGCAAGCUGCAAAGACCUCGCUCCAUGAACCCAACCAGAAGAGAUUUUGGUGGGAGUAUGGGUCCAAGCAACCCUGGUACCUACCCAAGGGAAUAUGGCAGCCCUCUGGGCCAGUUCCUACAGAAGUCCCUCUCCCAGCCCAAGCCCAUCUUGAAGCAUUGUAGGACUGGAGGAACAAGCUGGCCACUCAGCCCCACUCCAGUGGGAAGAGGUCCACCUUCGCCAUUUGCUGAAAGGUGGCCUACAAGGCCUGCUUCUCCUCAGCUGCCGGCAACAAGGCGCUUUGAAAUGCCUAGUUCAGACCCGUCUCCUAAACCCGUGAAGAGGUUUGGGGCUCCUCCGGCUUCUCAUCCCUCAGUGAGGCUACGAGAAGCUCUCCACGAAGAGUUGCACAACACGCUCCCAUUUCUAGGAUCGUCUCCCUACAAAAAGGCGACCCAAGGCCUUGGAUUGCCUGUAAGAAAACCCAACCCAAUAGCUGCCUUCAACAAAACCUCCCCUCAGCUUUCCCAAAGGCAAAACUCAUCCUCUUCUCUGACAUCGCUUGGCUCAAACAGGCAAAGUCAACCCACCGGGAGGAAACCACCAACGUCUGCAUUCCAGGCAUCAUCUUCACCUCAACCAAAGGCACGCCAUCCUUUAGCGAGUAAACGCAACCCAUCAUCCUCAAGCUUAGGGUCAGUUCCUAGCUUAAAGACGGAUGUCCCUUUCAGACGCUCGUUGUUCCACAUCCCCAAUGCCCCUGACCCUUUUGAGCUCCAGGACUCACCUCUAGAUCGGGUCCUGGGAACAUAUACCCCAAUGGGUUUCCGUAGCAGCCCAGCUGCGAGUCUGAGAUCUCAUUCCUCGCCUCAAAUGUCCACCAGGCAUUUUGGGUCACCACCUCCUCCAUCCCCAAAUCCCUUCCGACCAGCGAGAAGAAUCAACAAUUUUUCCGUUGACCCGGCGGGGAGACUCCCGCAAGCUUGGAACCGACAGAACGAACCCCCAACGAAAGUAGUGAAGCCACUAAUGAGGGACCAGUUCAUGAGACAGUUCAUCCCCCAGUCUCCCGUUUUGUCUGCCAGGGACUCUCCUCGCAUGUCGGCCAGGCAAGGGAGCCGGAGGGUCACCAUCCGGGAGUCCCCCAUAGAUCCGUCUCCUUACGCUCCAACUUUUGAUGAGGCCCAUGGGUCAGCAAACCCAUCCUGGUGGCAGCAAGAAGAAUGGGGUUACCCUCCUGGGAACAGAGUAACGCCACCCUGGAACCCAUUGCCCAAGGGAGGGGGUCCCGGAAGCCUAAGAAGCGUUUCGAGUUUCAAUCAGCGGCCCCUGAGUCCUACCCCUAGCACCCGCAAGGCCUUCCUUCAACGUAUCGGUCAACCUCUUGCCGGCAUGGCACAGCCCAUUUCCCCCAUUGAUAUGGAAGAUAGGAAUCCAUACUGGGCACAAUACGGUCAGUCUCCGGGACCCUCUCCGGCUCUUUCCAGGCGCUCCUUUACUCGAGAUUCGUUUGCUGAUGCAGCGGUCGCUCUGACACAUAUGGAACAAGGAGGUUACCCUCAGUCGCCUUCUCCAGCCAUGGGCCGCAAAUUCUCAUCUGGAAACUUGUCCUAUGGUGGCAGCCCCAGCAAUUUAGGAAGCCCAGUCUCUCAAAGGUCCUAUUCGUUCAAAGGACCCCAUGGCCGGGGGAGAGGAAGUCCAUCCACGGCCCGUUCCUUGCCUCUCCAAGAUCAGUAUAACAGACCAAGAAGACCAGACCCCGCACGCUUUCCUGGUGAGAUGCUAGAACAUGUAAUGGAGGAUGGCAUGGGGAGGUAUGCAGUCGUGACCCCCCAGGUCCAGCGGAUGGGUUCCUUCAGGAGAUCAUCUAGGCAAAAUGAACCCUGGUCCGACUACCACACUGUCAGCGUCCAUGAGAUGCCCAACGAAUGGGGCUCGGAGAAGCUCUUCCAGCGUCCGCCAAGCUCUAAGCGUCGGGGGUCCCGCCGCGGAGGAAGCAGCCUCUUCUGGUACCUGACGCGGGGAUCGUAUGCGCGCAACCAAGAAUAUGGUGGGAUCCGGCAGUUUAAGAUGCAUCCCGGCCACAAUGUUCAGUGUGGGAUCCACCAAAAUCCGGAAGACGACAGCGUGGAAGAUAUGACCCAGCUGGAGGAACUCCAAGAAAGUGUGGUUCUCCAGAACAUCAAAAGGAGGUUUGAACGGGGACUCAUUUACACCUACAUAGGCAGCAUCUUAGUGUCCAUGAACCCUUACAAAAUGUACAACAUCUAUGGGACUGACCAUGUGCUACAAUACGAAGGCAAAGCUCUGGGGGAGAACCCGCCGCACCUUUUUGCAAUCACCAAUAUUGCCUACAGCAAGCUGAGAGAUGCCAAACUCAACCAGUGUAUUAUUAUCAGCGGUGAGAGCGGCUCUGGGAAAACGGAAGCCACCAAGCUGAUCCUUCGUUAUUUGGCGGCGAUUAACCAAAAACAAUCUGCCACGCAGCAGAUAGAGAUUCUCGAAGCCACUCCUUUGCUGGAAUCCUUUGGAAAUGCCAAGACGGUGCGGAACAACAAUUCCAGUCGGUUUGGGAAGUUUGUGGAAAUCUUUCUGGAGGAUGGGUUGAUCUGCGGUGCCAUUACUUCCCAGUACCUUCUGGAGAAAUCGAGGGUCGUCUUUCAGGCCAAAAACGAACGAAACUACCACAUCUUUUAUGAGAUUCUGGCUGGACUCCCUGCCCAGCAGAAGCGGCGAUUCUGUCUUCAGGAGGCAGAGACUUACUACUAUUUGAACCAGGGAGGGAAUUGUGAGAUUCCCGGCAAAGUGGACUUGGAGGACUUUCACCGGCUUCUGGAUGCCAUGGACAUCUUGCACUUCACUCCCCACGACCAGGACAGCAUCUUCCGGAUCCUUUCUUCCAUCCUUCACCUGGGAAAUGUCUAUUUUGAGAAAUACGAGACAGACUUCCAGGAGGUGGCUUCGGUUGUGAGCGCCAGGGAGAUCCGCGUCGUGGCCGAGCUUUUGCAAAUAUCUCCCGAGGGUUUGCAAAGGUCCAUCACCUACAAAGUGACGGAGACCAUGAGGGAGAAGAUUUUCACGCCACUGACCGUCGAAAGUGCUAUCGAUGCCAGAGAUGCCAUUGCUAAGAUCCUAUACUCCCUGCUCUUCAACUGGCUGACGGACCGAAUUAACAGGCUCAUCUACCCCAGGCAACAAACGCUCUCCAUUGCCGUCUUGGAUAUCUAUGGCUUUGAGGAUCUUGGCUUCAACAGCUUUGAGCAGCUGUGCAUCAACUACGCAAAUGAGUAUCUCCAGUUCUUCUUCAACAAGAUUGUCUUCAAGGAGGAGCAGGAGGAAUAUAUCCUGGAGCAGCUCCAGUGGAGAGAAAUCGCCUUCAACGACAACCAGGCUUGCAUCGAACUCAUUGCCCAGAGGCCUCACGGGAUUUUGAAGAUCCUGGAUGACCAGAGCAGUUUUCCUCAGGCUACGGACCACACUUUCCUCCAGAAGUGCCAUUAUCACCAUGGCGCCAACCCACUCUACUUCAAGCCAAAGCUGCCUCUUCCAGAGUUCACCAUCAGGCACUAUGCGGGCAGAGUCACCUACCAGGUGCAUAAGUUCUUGGAUAAAAACUAUGACCAAGUUCGCCAAGAUGUCCUGGACCUUUUUGUCAACAGCAAAACCAAGAUGGUGGCCAACCUGUUCUACAGCCAUGCCCAAGUCUUGGCCCAGCAGAAGACAAUCAUGGGGAGGAACAGCACCGGACGAAGGAAAUACAAGCCCCAGACGGUGGCAGCAAAGUUUCAGCAAUCCCUCUUGGAACUGGUAGAGAAAAUGGAGAGGUGUAACCCUUUCUUCGUCCGCUGCAUCAAGCCCAACAAUAAGAAGGAGCCGGACCUUUUUGAGACGGACGUCGUCAGCGGUCAGUUGCGGCACUCAGGGAUUCUGGAGACCAUCCGGAUCCGGAAGCUGGGCUUUCCUGUGCGCAUCCCUUUCCAUGUCUUCAUUGAGAGGUACCGCUGUCUUGUGGACAUCAGAUACGACAUCGUCCCGGACGGCUGGAACUGUGUCGGGGUGCUCAAGAAGCUGUGCGCCGUCACCCCAGAGAUGUACUCCAUUGGAGUCACCAAGCUCUUCAUGAAGGAGAGCGUCUACCAGCAACUGGAGGCCAAGCGAGAGCGCAUCAUCCACAUGGCCAUUGUGACGCUGCAACGCUACACCCGCGGAUACUUGAUCAAGAAGCGCUUCUAUGCCCUUCGACGCAGGAUUAUCCUCAUCCAGGCCCGGGGCCGGGGCUACCUGGUCAGGCAAAGGUUUCGGAGGCUGCGUCGGACCCUCAUCAAGGUCAGGUGCCUGGUGCACAUCUAUAUCAAUCGCCGGAGGUAUCUCAGGAGGAAAGAGGAAGAGCGUCGGAGAGCCGAAGAGGAGAAGAAAAAGGCUGAGCAGGAGCUGAGCAAGCGAGAGGUGAUGAGGGUUGCCAACUUGGAAAUCCCUGCAGAAUUGGUUGGGCUGCUGAACACUGUGGCAGGUAUGCUGUUCUCACCUGGGAUGCGUGUGGCCUCCGUCCCUCGUCCCAAACUGCAGGAGGACUCCCAGCUCACCUUGCCCCUCGACAUCAACAACUACCCCAUGACCAAAUACGUGCGGAUUCACUUCAAGGAGCCAUUUUUUGGGAUGCUCACCAGGACCCUCUCCUCUCCUCUGACACUUCUGGAUGAGAGCCUGGCACCCGAAGCCCUCGGCCUCUUCAAGCUGAUCCUCCGCUUCAUGGGCGACCCUCACCUCAAUGGCACGCAGGAGAACCUGUUUGGGAACUACAUCGUGCAGAAGGGGUUGACGUCCCCUGGCCUGCGGGACGAGAUCCUCUCCCAGAUCACCAACCAAGUCUGGCGCAACACCAACGUCCACAACGAAGAGCGCGGCUGGAUCCUCCUGGCCGCCUGCUUGAGUGCUUUUGCACCUUCCCCAAACCUGGAAAAAUACCUGCUGAAGUUCGUUUCCGACUACGCCUUCGAUGGUUACAAACCCGUCUGCCAGCACAAGCUCAUGCAAGCCAUGGAGAAGGCCCAGGGUGGCAUGGACGCUGCUCGGGCCUUCCCACCUUGCCUUCUUGAAUGGACGACCAGCCGAGACAGAGUCAACAUGGCCCUGGACGUUUAUGGCUUCAAUGGAGAUCACUUCUCUUGCCCCAUCCAUUCCUGGACCACUGGAGAAGCCCUUGCAGAAAACGUCCUGAAGUACAGGGGACUCAUUGAAGGAUGGAGAGGCUGGUCGGUCGCCAUGAAGGACGGCAACCAGUGGGCAGAGCUGGCCGGCCAUGACUAUGUUCUGGACCUGGUUUCUGACCUGGAGCUGAUCCGUGGCUUUCCGAAGCAGAAGUCCUACUUCAUUGUUGCCUCCGAAGACCUAGAGAAGACUGCGAGUGGCAAAGCAGUAUUCAGACAUGGUUUGGAUCCAAGUGAAGAGGUCCCUCCUCCUCCGCUGAUAAAGGCUCCGACCAUUGCGCCGACUAACUUCCCAGAUUCGGAGGGAUAUUGCAGCCAUGAUUCAGACACCUUCAGUGAACCCCGGAGCCAGAAGGGUUUGGAUCACUACCUGGACAGCCUCUUUGACCCAGUCCUCUCCUAUGGGAAUGGGGAGCUGGAGAGAUCGUCUGCGGUCUCCUAUCGGAUGAAAGGAGGUGGCCAGAUCGGACAGGGCAACGGAGACCAGAACAGUGGCAAUGGUGAACCUCAGGGGGUACUCCAAACCUCAGGAGGCAAAAAGGAGGCUGCGCUGAAGCAAAUGUACCAGCAGGAGUCGGUUUUGGCUCAUCACAUGGCACAGCAGGUCACUGCCCUCCGCCGAAGGCAGCAGCAGGCAGUGGUGGCUGCCAUGGUGGGCACUGCCUCACCCAGCAUCCCCCAGUCCUCCAGCCCUGGAUCUCCCCGCCAUAGAAGUCCUCCAAGGAGCCAUACAGGACAGCCCUUCCAGAGGGAAGCGGAGAAAGAGAUGGUUGACAGGACUGUGACAUCUCCCAGCCUCAGGCAAGACCGGCCCAGCUCUCAGAAAUCUGAUCCUGCCUCCAGGUUGCGGUCUGGAGAGCUGGUCCGCCAUUCCAAGCUGAAUUCGGAGCAUAUCCCGGAACCGACGCAGAACAUCCGCAACAUCAUCAAGCAAUACCAACAACCCGCCCGGGUCCCCGAACCCAUCAGGAAGGAAGGGGGCAAGGUCUUUGUGAAGAAAAUGGAUCCUCACGAGGAAGCCUUGAAGAUCCUGAAGGGUCAGCUGGCGGCUGCGGAGGUGCCCACCCGGAUCCCUCCAGAGAUGGUGGCCAUGGUGAAGCCUGUGACUAGUGCCAAGGUGGCCGUGCCUCCUGCCAUUCGCCCGCCACCUGCCUCUGCAAUGCGGGAAUUAUCGUCGGACGACGAACAGAUCCAGACCCGGCUUCACCGCCGAUGCAACGAGGAAUUCUAUGCUUACCGCAAUGUCUCUUGGAGGAUCUAUCUCAGGAAAGAGGUUUUUUACCCAAAGGAGAACAUCAACAACCCUCUUCUGCUGGAUCUUCUCUUCCGACAGAUCUUCAGUGAUACCCAGUCGGAUGCUUGCCUGCGCAUCAGCCAAGAAGAGAGGCUGCGCAUGAAGGCACUAUUUGCGGAGAACAAGCUGGACUCCUUCAGUCCGGUCGCUGACGAAAGCGUCAAGAAGGAAAUCGUAAGCGUCGCCCGGGAUGUUUGGGAAGUCUAUUUCUCUCGUCUUUUCCCAGCUACGGGCAGCGUUGGCACCGGUGUGCAAAUCCUGGCAGUGUCCGACAUGGGGAUCAAGCUUCUGCGGCUGGUCAAGGGUGCUAAUUUGGCUGGGGAGCAGCUCCGGGUGUUGCGUGGCUACAGCUACAGCGAUAUCCUGUUUGUGGCCAUUCCCUCGAGAAACAUGCUGGAGUUCAACCUCAGCCAUGAGAAGCUCAUCCUCUUCUCUCCAAAAGCCUCCCAAGUCAAGGCUUUGAUCGACUAUUUCAUCAUGGAGCUCAAGAAGGACUCGCAGUACAUGGUGGCUAUCAAGAACCACAUCACCGACGACAAAAACCUCUUGCGUUUCCACAAGGGAGACAUCAUUUGCCUUCGGCCCAUGGAAGGCUUGGAGUCAGACCGCUAUUAUGGCUGCGUGGUGAGGAAGAAAGUGCUGCUUCUGGAAGACGUGAAGAAGGGCACCCUGGAUUUUGGUUGGAAGUUUGGGGCUAUCUACGGGAAAUCUGGUUUUUUCCCCGCUGAUUGCGUCCAGCCCGUGGCGGCUCCGGAUUUUACCCACCUUCCUGCGGAGAGGAAAGAGGAACCGAAGGACAAGCAAGCCAAAGUGGCCGUCUCAGCCUCUUUGGCCAUGGCCGUGGCGUCCGCAGCCCUGGCCCAAGAGCUUGACCAAAAAACCGAGGUGUCUCCAGCUGGCAGCGAGUUCACAGAGAGCGGGGAAGGCUUUGGGGGUGCUCCGCACAGCCCCCCUCGAGGUGGACCCUUCACCAUGCUGGAGUUUGCCAAGAAGUAUUUCCGUGAAGGUCAGCGGGCAAAGAUGGACUCUGAGAAGCAGAAAUCCAAGAGAAGCAGUGAAUCGAAAGGGGUGGCAGAGAUACUAAAGUUCACCAAGACCCCCAUCCAGGAGUCCCUCAUUGAAUUCACCGACAGCGGCCUGAACAAAAUAGCUUCAGAAGCCUUCCAAGCGGUGAUGAAGUUCAUGGGAGACCUCCCGCUCAAGGGGCAAACUGAGCUGGAUGUGAUCUGUGUGCUCCUGAAGAUGUGUGGCGAAUAUGAAGUUAUCAGGGAUGAGGUUUUUUGCCAGGUUAUCAAACAGAUUACGGACAACACCAGCACCAAGAUGGAGAGUUGCCAGAAAGGAUGGCGGCUUCUCUACAUUCUCAGCGCCUACUACAGAUGCUCUGAGAUCCUCAAGCCGUACCUUCUCUGCUUCCUCCAGCAGAUGCACAACGACGCCGGCGUGCAUUUCCAAGGCAUCGCCAAAGCCUGCGAGCAGAAUCUGCAGAAAACCUUCCAGUUUGGAGGCCGGUGUGAGUUCCCCAGCAACAUUGAGCUCAAAGCCAUGGUGGCCGGACGGAGCUCCAAGCGCCAGCUCUUCCUUUUGCCGGGAGGGAUCGAGAGGCACCUAAAAAUCAAAACCUGUUCAGUUGCUCAGGAUGUAAUAGAGGAAAUCUGCUACGAAAUGGGUUUGCAACGGCCUGAGGCCUUUGAUGAGUACAUCAUUUUUGCCGUCACCAACAAAAAUCAGAACGUCCGCCCUUUGAACAAAAAGGAGUACAUCCUUGACGUUGCGCUGGAGAUGGAAAACAUGGAGAGCAGCUACAUGUUCUGGUACCGGCGCGUCAUCUGGGCCCAGCCCUUGAAAUUCGACAACGAACUCUACGUCACCAUGCACUACAACCAGGUCCUGCCUGAUUAUCUCAAAGGGCUUUUCAACAUCAUUCCUCCCAUGAAGCCAACUGAGCAACAGCUCCAGCAAGUCUCCAGACUGGCCGCCCUGCAACACCGAGCCAAAGACAGCGUCUACUUGCCAGCCCUACGGGAGGUUCAGGACUACAUCCCAGCCCAGAUCUAUCACCUGCAGAAGGACCAGGCAUGGCUGGACAUGGUCAUGCUCCACAUCCAGCAGGCGCAGGCCUUGAGUGCCCACCAGGCUCGGGCACAGUUCCUAGGGCUCCUGAGUGCUUUCCCGAUGUUCGGCUCAUCCUUCUUCUACAUCCAGAGCUGUAGCAACAACACCAUUGUCUCCCCUUGCAUCUUGGCCGUCAACCAGAACGGGCUCAACUUCUUGGACAAGGAAACCCACGAACCCAUUGUGACCUUCUCGCUGAAAGAGAUCCAGUCGACUCGCACCCAGCGCCCUUCAGCUGGCUCCAGCUACCCUUACGUGGAGAUCAUGCUGGGGGACUUGAUGUCCCAAAGGAUCACGCAGCUGCAGCUGGAACAGGGUUUGGAGCUCUGCAGAGUAAUCGCCACGCACAUGGAGAGCUUGUUGCACGCGCGUGAAAAGCGACUUACUCUCCCUCCGAGCGAGAUUACUUUGCUGUGAACGAGGCCUUGCAAGAUACUUUCAAGUCGAGUCUCAAGUCCUUACAAUACACUUUCAAGUCUCAAGUCGAGUCUUGAGUUCUUUCAAGAUACUUUCAGGUCAAGUCUCAAGUCCAAGAACCACCUUUUAACAGAAAAAGGAUGCAGGGUGUGUUUCUCGGAGUGGAACAGCAAAUGUGUUAAGCAAUGGGGUCUGCUUGGUAGCCUGUCUCCAUUGCACAUCAGACAAACCUACUAAAGCUUUCCAAAAUCUUUAGAAAGAUCCCUCCGCUUCAAACCCAUUGCCGAACACAUGUGCUGUUCCUUUCCGAGAAAUGCGUCCCACGUAUUGGGGGCAGGUCUUGACUGCCUCUCAAAGUGAAUGCAACCAGCAAGUCAGUCACUAAAAACAUAUA